AGGAUCCAAUUCCGCAACCAGGAAGCCUAAUAGAGAAGCUUUUUGAAUUUAUUUCCUUCUGUCUCUUCUUCUCUUCUCUGUCUCCUAAGCACUUCCCCUAAUCUAACAUAACUAACCAUCCCCCCUUCCCCUUAAUCCCCCCUUUAUGCCCUUUCCUGAUCUAACUGUCUUCAUCUGCUAACUUGUUUUUCAACUUAUUUUGUUGUGAAUUUCUGUGCUUUGUUUCACUGUUUUGAAUGUUUACUAAUCUCUUCUCAGUUGUGUAUUUUCAGGGACCCGGACGAGGGACGCCGCCGAAGCAGCCAGCCGCCCAGCCCACAGACGGAGACGACCCCAUGGCCCAGCCCUGUCUAGCGGCCAACAUUGGCCAAAGCGGAGCGUCGAUCCCACCGAGACGUACAGCAGCACUCUGGAGAGCAGGGAUCGACUGCGACCGCUCAUUGAAGAGAGGAGAUGCAGUGUGAUGCAGCCCUCUACCCCCAGGGGUGUGAAGAGGAGACUGCCAACCCAAGGAUGGUCCUGGUUUGGCUGUUCUGGAUCCAGAGUGCGGACUGCGGCCUGCCGGAAGAAGUGCAGAGGGUUCAGGGAUACACUGCGGCCAACCCAAGCAUUGGAGGUACGGGGGUUGGACUGGUCUGGUUCCGUGGAAGAAGAGCAGACCGUGCACCUGCAGGCAGCAGUUGUGUGAUGGAGUGCGGUCAAUCCCUGACGUGCAGCCGAAGAGGUGACCCGGACGGAUCCCAACUGCAGUCAAGUAGAGAAGAGGAGGGACCCGGACGAGGGACGCCGCCGAAGCAGCCAGCCGCCCAGCCCACAGACGGAGACGACCCCAUGGCCCAGCCCUGUCUAGCGGCCAACAUUGGCCAAAGCGGUGAGUAA